AUGGAUUAACAAUUAUCUGGUGUGCUCAUCAAAAGAGAUAAAUGGAAGGCUGAGAGUAAGGUGACUAAGUGUGAACAUUGUGAUAGACAAUUCUAUUAUUUGUUUAGAACUAAACAUCAUUGUAGGAAAUGUGGAUUGGUAUUUUGUUCAGAGUAAUAUAAUUUAUUUUAUGGAAUAGUUGUAGCAGCAACUUUAUAGAUGGCAUUCAUUUUGUAGAGAAUACAGAGAAGAAAGUAAGAUUAUGUGGAGUUUGUUAUGAUUAAGUAUUAAAAUUGUUGAAAGCAUAAGGAUACAAAUUAGAAAAUACAAUUGAAACCAGAGUUGUCAGUGUAUCUAUUGACAAAGGAUAAUUAAAUUUAUCAAGAAGAGAAUCUAUACAUAAAUUGGAUGAUCAAUCUUAUACUAUAUCUAGAUCAUAAACAACUUAAGUGACUGAAGAAUAGGAGGAUAAUAUGAAUAAUGAUUAAGAAUUCAAUCCUGAAAUAGUCUAAGUGAGUAUACAAAGUUAUUUUCCACCUGAAGAAUAAAACAAAAAUAAGGAAUCAGAAUUAUUGAAAUCUUAAUUAUCACUUCUAAAAGAUAAAUGUUAUUAAUAUAUGGAAAAUAUCUGUGAUCAUAGUUUAAAGAUCUUCAUUCAACCUUAACGCAAUCAUGACAAUCAUUUUGAUGGUCUUAAAUCAACAACAUUUGAAUUUGUUAAAAAAGCAGUUGAAGACAUUUAGUUUUCAUCUUUAAACUCUGAUCCAUUAGAUAUCACUUGUUAUGUAAAAACUAAAUUGCUUCCAUACAAAGAUUAUUCAUUAACAUGUUAUUUUCCAGGCAUUGUUAUUAGAAAGAACAUAGCUUUAAAAAGAAUGUAAACUGAACUCUUUAAACCUCGAAUUUUGAUUAUUCAUGGGAAUCUAGAUUUCAUAGAAGAGACUUAAUAAUUUGAUGAUUUCAUUUUGAAAGAAAAGAGAGUACUUUAAGAUUACAUAGAGAAAAUUAAAGAGAACUUUAAACCAACCAUUAUUAUAGUUGAGAAAUCAGUCAGUAAAGUAGCAUUAGAUAUAUGUUGUAAAUUCAAUAUUACAGUUGUUUAAAAUGUGAAAAUCCAUUAAUUAAGAAAGAUAGCAAAAAGUACAGGUUCUAAAUUUGUGCGUCUUGAUAAGUUAGAUGGCUAUAUAUAAAAAGAAACAUAAGUAACUGGUAAUUGUGAAAAGAUUUUCUUUCGUAAUUUUCCAAGACCAAAUCCAGAUAAAUAGGAUGUAGCUGGAAAAGAUAAUACAUUAAUGUUCAUUGAAACAAAAGAUGGUAAAAAUGGAGUUACAAUAAUGUUAUCAGGACCAUAAGAAGAUUUAUUAUAGAAAUUGAAAUAAUGCAUUAUAGGUUGUAUGAGAUUAGGCAAACACUUUGAUGUAGAGAGAUAUAUAAUACUUUGUGAAUAGAAAUUAAGAUAAAAUAAAUAAUUCAAUUUUUGUGUAGGUGAUUUUACAAAGUUUUUAUUUGAAAAAGUUAAUCUCAAAGAAGUCAUAAAACCAGAUCUAGCUUAUGUAAAAAUUAAUUAUGCUAGAGCAGACAUUCAUAAUUUUAAUGAUAUUAAAGAUAUGAAUGCUUUAUUGGCUUAUUAAAAAGAGUUUCCACCUUAGAAAGAAAAGGUGGUUGAUUUUUUUGCUGAUAUGUGUAAUAUGCCAACUGAGAAACCUAAAGCAUAUUAUCAUUCAAAUGAUGAUAUGUCUAUGGGUGCAUUUAUUAUAUUAAAAGUUGCUAAUUUAUAAUUCAGAUGUGAAUAUUGUAAAUUACCAAGAAAUAGUCAUGUUUCUAUAUAUUAUAAUGCUGGUAGAUAUGUUAAAUUUAGUGUGGAUGGAUAAAUGAAUUAAAUAAAAUAAAUAGUAUUGUAGAAAGAAUAAUCAUAAAUUUAAUAAAGUGAUGAGAAUAAAACAUUUCUAUUAAAAGAUUUACCAAGUAUAAUUAAAUAGAAUCAUUCAAAUGAAAAAAUAUAAAUUGAAACUUACUUUGAGUGUAAUUUAUGUAUGCAAUAAUUAACAGAUAGAGUAAUUUUGAGUUAGAAAUAUUUGGAAUAUUCGUUUUUAAGAUUCUUACAAUAAUUGUUUUUAACUUAAAAUAUAACAAUAAAUAAUUAUCAUAAUAUAUCAUCAUGUAAUCACACUCAAAUUUAAAGAGUCUAUUCAUAUUAUGGAUAUUAGAUGAAAGUAAUGGUAGGUGAAUUUGAUGUUUAUUAAACUACUUUAUUGAAUUUUUAAGAUAAUUCAUUUAAUGAUUAUCUAAAGGUUUGGGAAUAAAAUUAUAUUAAAUAACUUAGAGAUGAAUUAAUGAACAAAUUGAAUACUUUUGGAAUUACAUUGAUUAAUCUUAUACCAAAAUCAUUGGCUAAGAGUGAGAUUGAUUUACUCAUCAAAUCAAUUAAAUAAUUAAAGGAGGAAUGUGAAAAAAUUCAUGCUGAAACAUAAUAUAUAUCAAUAUUUUAAAUACUCAAAUAAUCAUAAGAUUUUGGACUUUAAUAUAAGAAUAUUAUGUAAAGUAUUUAAGAACAUAAGAAAAAGAAAGAAUUGAAUCCAGAUUUUAAAAAUAUAAUUCAAAAUGCUGCUGUGAAUUUAAAGAAUUAAGAAUCAAUAUUAACAAAUAAUACUAAUACUAUUAAAACUACUUAUGAAUUAGAGAAAGUUGAUUCAGGGAAUAAUUUAAAUGAAGUAAAGUAGUAUCAUUCAAAUUAAGAAUUAGAGGAUCAUCAUCUACAUUCAGGAUAAAAACAUUCUAUGCAAGAAAUUGAAGAAACAAAUCAUAGAGCAAGUUCUGGAAAGACUGAUUUGAGUGAUUUAAUUAUACCACCUCUAUAUUCUCCUGAAUUAGAUAUAUAAUAAUAGUCACCUUUAUUUGUUAGAAAUCAUAGAAGAAAUGGAUCUGAAAUUCAUAAUAAUAAUAAUUAUGUUAUUAAUUUAGUUGAUGCAAAUUAAGGAUUAUUACAAUAAUCUAUACAAAAAACUCAUCAUGAUUCAAAUAAAGAUCUUGAUAAUGUUAAUAUAAACCAAUCUAAUAAUUUUAUACCUACUAUAGAUAUUAAUCAAAAUAAUAAUUUUUAAAAAGAAUGGAAUAUAAGUUCAUUUCUUGCAGAAUAAUAGAAAUUAAUUAAAUCUCAAAUGAUAUAUGUAAAUUUAUUAUUAUUAUCUAAUUAGGAAUUUGUUCCAAUCUAUGAAAAUUAACCAUUAUCUUACUUAUCAUUUACACUCAAUCAUCCCAAAUACAUCAAUGAAAUUUAUCAAAAAGAAAGUAAUUACCUUCAUUAUAUACUUAAGAUUUUGGAAUGAUUGAGUCUGUUCAAAAAUCAUCUGAGUAGGCUAAAUUGUUUUUCUAAUAAUUAUUAUCUCCAAAAGAAUAGAAAUAAGAUGUUGAAAACAUUAGAUACAUGAGUGUUGAUUUAGGUAAUAAUAAUAUAAAUCAAUAAUAAUAAAUAUAUUAUAAAUAGGAUAAUAGAGAUAUUUUUGUAUUAAAAAUCAAUUAUGAUGUUGAAAAAAAGAAUGAAAAAUCAAAUAAUUAGAUAUUUCAAUAAUAAUAACAAUUUUAAAAUAAUUUAGCCUCUUAAUUUGAUGAAGCUCAAACUAUAUAAGAAAAAUCAUUGCCAUUAAAUAAUCCUUAGUAAUUUGUACCCACUGCUUAGGCAAGAAAAAAUAAAUGGAUUGAAGUUUUAAUUUACUUUCCAACUUAAUUUGAAGCUCUUAGAUUAUUAGCAGGAAUUACUCUAGCAUAAUUUAUUAAAUCUAUAUCAUCUACUAAUAUUUGGAGUGCAUCUGGAGGUAAAUCAUAAUCUAAAUUUUACAAAUCUAAUGAUGAGUUAUUUGUAUUCAAAAAAUUAGAAUAAGACAAGGAAUUUAUGAUGUUUAAACAAUUUGCUUUAGAUUAUUUCAAACAUAUGUACAGACAUUUUUAUGAAUCUAAACCUUCUCUAUUAAGUAAAAUCUUUGGAAUGUUUGAAAUUAGAGAUAGAGGAUAAACUGAAUAUUAUUUAGUUAUGGAAAAUCUUUAUUUUGGUAUGGGAGAUCCAUCUAAUCUUUUGGUUUAUGAUCUUAAAGGAAGUGAAACCAAUAGACUAGAAAAAAAGAAGAAAGGAGUUCUAUUAGAUACCAAUUUCAGAAUUGAUAGAAAUUCAGAACCAAUCCCUAUUCUCAAAGAAAAUUAUAGAUAUAAUGAUAGAGCAUUUUAAGUAUUCAUUUCAAUCUUAUUUUUAGAUUGAUUGUAAAUUCCUAAAUAAAUAAAAUGUUAUUGAUUAUUCAUUAUUAUUGAUUAUAGACUAAAAGUAAAAGAAACUUAGAAUGGGUAUCAUAGAUUAUUUAAGAUUCUAUACUUGGGAUAAAGAAACUGAACAUUAUUUAAAAUAUUUAUUAAAAGGAGGAAUGGUAUUAUAUUAACACUAAUUUAAAGGUUCCUACUAUUGUUAAUCCUGGAGAUUAUAAAAAACGGUUCAUUAAUGCAAUAUUAAAAUAUUUUAUACCAGUGUGA